ACAACUCUCUCUCUCAAUCAGCCAUUUCUAUAUAACAAGCAUUCUUCUAGCAAUAAAUGUAAUAUUACAGAAACAACAAAUAAAACAGAAACAAAUAUGGCGAUCACGUCGUCACCAUCAGAUCCGGACCUCCGGUCGCCGCUGCUCAAACCUUCUCCGAAAGAAUCCGAACCGGAAAAGUUAACGAUAGAUGAUAUGCUUCAAAAGUACUGCGGCGAAUUUGGCUUAUGGCAAUUCCGUCACUUUGUGCUAACCAGCUUAGCUUGGGCUCUCGAAGCGUUUCACGCCAUGGUCAUGAUCUUUGCCGAUCGUGAACCGGAUUUCAGGUGUUUGGGUUCGGGUUGUGAGGAAACGGCUAAAAGCGUUUGUUCGUUUGAACCGGGUUCGUGGGAAUGGGUCGGUGUUCUAGAAAGCUCCACAGUUGCUGAGUGGAGUUUGGUUUGCAAUCAGAAGUUCAAGGUUGGUUUGGUUCAGGCCGUUUUCUUUGGCGGCUGCAUGAUCGGUGCAGGAAUAUUUGGCCAUCUUUCAGACUCCAAACUGGGAAGAAAAGGCUCUCUAACAGUAGUUUGCUUGUUAAACGCAUUAUUUGGUUGCUUAACAACAUUAGCCCCAGACUACUGGACCUAUCUCGUUCUCCGUCUUCUCACUGGUUUCAGCACCGGAGGAGUUGGCCUAUGCGCCUUUGUUCUUGCCACCGAGCCUGUUGGCCCUACUAAGCGUGGCACAGCUGGCAUGUCCACAUUCUACUUUUUCUCAAGUGGAAUAGCCGUAUUAUCUGGUAUAGCAUACUUAUUUCAAUCUUGGCGUGCACUCUACAUUGCCUCCUCAAUUCCUUCAAUUAUUUACCUUGUAUUUGUUAUUCCGUUUAUCUCCGAGUCUCCGCGAUGGUACCUUGUCCGCGGGAGAAUCAGCGAAGCAAUGAAAAUAAUGCGCAAAAUUGCUAAUUCAAAUGGAAAGUUUCUUCCUGAUGGAGUUAUUCUAGCCCUAGACGAAGAUGCAAAUGAUAGUCGUUCAAGCAAUGAACAAAAUUGCAAGAAAGAACCUACAGAAACAAAAGAAGCAAUAACAGGUUCUUUAAUUGAUGUAGUUAAAUCACCAAUAACAAGAAUCCGCUUGUUUUUAGCUGUGGCUAUUAACUUCUUGUGUUCUGUUGUCUAUUACGGUCUUAGCUUAAACGUCGUCAACCUCCAAACCAACCUUUACUUUAACGUGCUGCUAAAUGCAGUAGCAGAAAUGCCAGCAUUCCUUAUAACAGCAGUUUUGUUGAACAAAUUCGGAAGGAAACCAUUAGCGGUCGGAACAUUAUGGUUUAGUGGUUUAUUUUGCUUUAUGGGAAGUUUGAUGGGAAGUGUCGGGGUAUGGAAAGUGACAAAGAUGGUGUGUGGGAUAUUUGGUAUAUUUGGAAUGGCCGGAACUUACAAUUUACUCUUCAUAUAUACAGCAGAGUUAUUUCCUACGGUGGUUAGAAACGCUGCCCUUGGUUGUGCAACACAAGCAGCACAAAUGGGGGCAAUAUUGGCACCACUUAUUGUCGUUUUAGGUGGUGCCUUGCCGUUUUCUGUUUUUGCGGUUUGUGGAAUUGUGGGAGGACUGCUUGCGUUUUACUUGCCGGAGACACUAAAUCAGCCGUUGUAUGAUACAAUGAGUGGAUUAGAGGAUGGUGAAAGUGGCUGGAGAGGUGUUUGAUGUUUUGCUUCUUUGAAAUAUGUAUUUUGAGUUUUGAGUAACAUGAGGAAGAGUUGAUGAGGCCUUCUAGGGCCAUAGCAAUUAGUCAAUAUUGUAAUGGACACAAAACUGGGGAUGAGCAUAUGGUAAUAAAUUUAAAAUGGGGAUGAGCAUCUUUUUUUUUUACUCA